CCUCCCCGCCCCCAUUCAGCCUCUGGAGCUCCCAAAAGGGAAGUAAAGGGGGGAGGAAGGGCAGACGGCGGCACCGUUCGUCCGACGCCCUUGGGGGACAGCCGCCAGGGAUGGUCCCCUCGGGGAUCCCCGAAGCUCCCGGGGAUACAUCUAGGAGUCCUCCUUGGCCGAGUCACUGCCCGCAAGUGCAGAGCUGUCCCUUUAAGAAGCAGCUGGCCGCCCCCUCCCCCUCCAGGUAGCGAUGCCCGCGGAAGGGCGGUGGGUACUCCCGCGGACACUUUCCCGGCCCCUUUAAGCGCGCCUGCGGCACCUCUGCCCGCCCUAGCCCGCAGCGCCAGCCCUGGAGAGGAGGAUGGGGGCGGACGGGCGCGGCGCCUUUAAGGGGCGCAGCCUCCCCGCGGCCCGGGUGGGGGCAGGGAGCGGUCACGGGCCCUUUAAGGCCGGCAGCGGGCACGUCGGGCAGGGUUCUCCGGCGGCCGGGUUGCUCCCGGGGCGGCGGCAGGGGUGCAGUGCCCGCGAGGGUGCUUACGGCCCCCGACGGGGUGCGCGGGGCCGCGCCGCUGGCCGCCGCCGGCCUGACACUCACCGUGGCUCGCCGGGAGCGCCCGCGCCCGCGCCCGCACUCGGAUCCCGCGGCGGCGGCGGCGGUGAGUCCGGCGCGGGUAAACAGGCACCUCCGUCCCUGACCUACUUUCUGCCUUCCCUAAAUGUCGCACCACUAACCUACUUUCCGACCAAUCCGCUCCCCGCCGGCCCAGGCCCGGCCCCCCGCCCACCAAUCGCUGUGCCCAACCCCCCUUCCCCGCCCACCAAUGGAGGAGCCGCGGAGCCCGGAUACCUGCCUCUUUCCGCCAGCCAAUCCGAGCGCCCGAAGGGAGCCGGUCCCGGCGGCCGCCCCCAGCCAAUCCGCGUGCCGUUCGGCGGCCCGCUGGCCAGUUGUGUGGCGGCUAGAAAGGCCGCUGACCAAUGGCGAGGCGGCGGGGGCCGGUUUACCUGCUACUUUCCCGCCACCAAUCAUUUGGGGCACAGGAGCGCACGCCCCGAGGAGAGGACCAAUCCGCGCGCGCUCCUUGGGUUUCCUCGCCCCUGCCCUCUCUCUUUUCCCUCAGGUCUCCCACUCGCUGUGGCCACUGCGGUGCCCACGCUGCGCUCCUCAGGGUCACCCGGGAUGUCCCUCUUCUCUGGGUCCCCUGCCAGCUGGCGUUUGGCGGCCCGCCCUCACCCCCCUCCUCCUCCUCCUUGCCCUUCUCCACUCGGGGCACUCCGACGAAAAGCAGCAGUUCUGACUCCCCUUCCUCCAGCUCCAUCUAGGAAAACCAAUUUUAGGAUCACUGAGUGCCAAAUCCUUCCUAAAACCCCUGGUUUGCCAAAGUCCAAAGGAGAGAACGAAUUCUUAGUAUUUCUAGAAGGCGUUUCCACUCCGAGGACUGCAAAUGUUCUCACGUUCUUUGCGUUCGUCAUGACCUCCAAGUGUCCCACUGGAGCUGUCAUUCCCGUUGUUCUAAAAGAAUACUCGAGCGCGGAGCGAUUCCAUUGCAUCUCCUUCCAGUAGCCAGGUUUUGACCACUUACAGUGGGGCAGACACCAGCCCAGCGGCAGCGCUCUCUGCUGCAAAAAGCUGUCUAUGGAGGGAGACGGAAGGAAAGAGUUACAGAAAAUAAAAAUUUGAUAAUAACAUGCGACUCAUUUGCUGAGAGGACAGAGAAAUGGACUGAUGUUUGCAUCUCAGGCGCUUAGUAGAGGGCCUUUAGCACAAAAAACUCCCCGCUCUUCUAGAUGUUAAACUCCCUGAAUAGAAGGACAGCGUCUUCUUUUUCGUUAUCCAUCAUGCCCACUCCCCUUUAGCGCCUGCCGGGGUCGGGUGGAGUGGUGAGGGCGGGGCCGGUACCUAGCAAGUGCAUCAUAAAUAUCUGUUGGCUGGAUACAUGAACAAAUGGAAUUAAAUCAAUUGGCCUAAUUCUGUUACCCAGACUGGCCCCUGUGACUUUAAAAUUCUAGCCUGGUAAGUUCCUUGAACACAGGCACUACGGUUUUUUGGGGUUUUUAAAAAUCUUUGUAACACCAUUGCCCAUCCCCAGCUUAUUGACAGGCACCGAGUGCCCAAUAUGUGCUUGUGGUCUGAAUGCUGACUGUUUUCAAGGUCAACCAACUUCAUCAGUAGCUUGAUGUUUUUCCUAAGUUUACACACAGAUGGAAUCUUAUUGCUACUUGGUCUCUGCCCGCAUUUCAUGAGGAGAUCACUCUAGUGUUGUAAAAAUAAAAGUUGAUAAUCACCAAGCACAAUCUCCAGCAUCAAAGCCUGUUCAGAUCCUCUGCAGUGAACUCUAGGUCCUUUGUUCCACUCAUAAAAGCUACGGACUCAAAAUUUACCUAAGGAAAACUCUCAUCUUGCUCACAGAUGUGUGUGCAUUGUAAGAAUGACUGCUACCCAAAUCUCUCCUUUCUCUUUGGAAGAACAAGAACAUCUAUUGCUUUUCUUUUCAGAUUAUGAAACCAAUUCACGUUUGUGAUCAAAAAUUUUGGAGAGCAUAAGCAUAAAGAAGAAAAUAAAAAUAAUUUAUAGUUCUAUUAAGCAGAUAUAACCCCCAUUAAAAUAUCAAUGCAUUUUCUUUGUAACUAUAUCAUAUUUUGACCUAAUUUUUUUUUCAAAAUUAGAAGACAGAGUCUUGCUAUAUUGCCCAGUCUGGACUUGAACUUCUAGGCUUGAGUAAUCCUCAUGCCUCAGCCUCCCAAGUGGCUGAGACUAUAGGCAUGCCAUCACACCCAGCUCUUUUGAUCUAAUUUUUAUCACAGUAAAGUUUUGUCAUCUUGCUUUUAUAAAAUUAUCACAAGCAUUCUCUCUUGUUAUUGAGCCUCCUUCUACAACAGACUGUCUAAUGGCUGCAGCAUUUUUAUUGUAUGGAGAAACCAUACCUCAUUAUGCAAAACUCUGUCAUUGAAAACAAUCACAUUGUUUCUAAUAUUUCCUUGUUAUACAGAUAGCCCUGGGCUCACAAUGGUUUCACUUAUGAUUUUUCAACUUUAUGAUUGGUUUAUUAGGAUAUUCAAUGUGUUUUCAACUUCCAGUAUUUUUAAUUUGUCAUGGGUUUAUUGGGACAUAACCCCAUCAAAAGUUGAGGCUCAUCUGUAAACAGUUUUGAAAAGAACAUUCUUUGGGAUUUUUAAACCUCAGGGCCCUCUAGAAGCUAAGGGCUUAAUGGGACUGGCCAAUAGCUUUCCUAAUCUACUUCAUUACCACACUGGGCUUCAAAGAAUCAGCUGGUAUAGACAGAAAAUAAAACUUACAUAUUUUUUUCUUAUAAAAUUUCAAUGUUAUCUCCUCCUGCUGCUGCUUCUCUCUUUGCCAUAAAACUUAUUUUAAAGACAUGGAAAAUUAUAUGCAUUUGAGUUAAAUACAAAACCACUAGUGACUACAGCUUGUUAAGUGGUCUCUGGGAAAUUUAUGAGCCAAAAUCUGUGUCAUAAAUUGAUAGUGCGCCACCUAAUGAAAAUUGACAAUGAAACUUACUGUAAAUAAAGCUAUCCAACUCUUGA